GACCCAUGGGGAGUGAUAUCUACGCUCACCUCUCAGGACUGGCAGAAGCACUGCAGGCAGUUAGGGCCAUUAAGGACGACUGAAGAUCCAGGGAUGGGACAAGACUAGGGAACAGAGAAAAAGUAUUAAAAGACACUGAAGAAAAUUAGAAAAAUGGUGGCAGAGGAAGUAGUUGUGAUCCUCUCCGGAGGUGCACCAUGGGGUUUCCGAUUACAGGGAGGAGCUGAGCAACAGAUGCCCCUUCAAGUGGCAAAGGUGAGAAAACGCAGUAAGGCUUGCAGGGCAGGUCUCCGAGAGACAGAUGAGCUGGUGUCAAUCAACGAUAUCCCCUGUGACACACUGUCUCAUGCUGAGGCUAUGAAUCUUAUUGAUACUGGCAGAGGAAACCUCCAUCUGCGAAUCAAAAGGGCCCCAGCGGCAUUUCAGUCAGUGGUGCUCCUGGGUCGGGCUCCCUCCCCCCGUAUUGAUAAAGAGUAUCGCGCAGCAUUACGUGCUCUAUCCCCCCCGCUCACCUCUAAUCCUCCUGGUGUCAACAGAGCAUCGCUCAUGUCCCCCACCGGUGGCCUUGAGUGUCUUACAUCCCCUCCAGACAGCGAGGCGUACUACGGCGAGACAGACAGCGACGCAGAUGUGAUGGCCCAAGAGAGGCAACGCAGACAGAGACGACGAAGCCCUAGUUGCUCACCCGCCAAAAGCCCAGGACCAGUCUCACCCCAGGAGGAGGAGACUUCGGAACUCAGUGGCUAUGAAAGUGCACAGGAUGUGAGCUGGGCAGUAACUGAUAUGAAUGGAAUGGCAAAGCAGCAGCACCACGCGAUGCCCGGGGUGGCCCGUAGAGAGGUGGUCUACCAGCCUCAGCAGCCUGAAUGGUCCCACAGAGAAGAGAAUUCAUCUGAGAAUUCUGACCAAAGUCCAUCCGGAACUGCAGAAGUGGACAGCGGCUUUCAGGAGCCGCCCUCUGUACCACCUCUUGUUUCUCCAGAACGGGCCAAGGGGGCUCUCAUGUUGGCAUCUCACAGACUGAUGGUACCCAUGGUGGGCCCUGUGAAUAAACCAGUGGACGAAGAACUUAGUGCUACAUAUAUGGACAAGGCCAAGCAAGCUAAGCUACACAGGGGUGAGAGCAAACAGGAUAAGCAGGUGAAGGAGGCUAGAUCCAAGUGCCGAACAAUUGCCUCGCUUUUGACUGACGCUCCUAACCCACACUCUAAAGGUGUGCUUAUGUUCAAGAAGCGACGACAGCGUGCAAAGAAGUACACUCUCACCAGCUUUGGCAGUGUGGACGGAGAGAGCUACAGUACCACUGAGGGAGAAACAGAGGACGAAAGCUUUUUUCCUGGCAGUGAUUCUGAGCUUGAUGAGGACGGUUUUUCGGCUGCACCAGACCCCACCUGGGAUAGCGGUUACUUGGACGUUCUAGAUAGGAGAACUUCAGCGUGUAUUGUGCCUGACAGAGAUGUGAAAACCAACCUUGGCCUAAACGCCACCUCGGGUAAAGGGGCCCAGCUUUUUGAACAACAGCGGAAAAGAGCAGAAGAACAUACGUCAAACCUGGUUACACCCUCCGUAUUACCUAUGUCAUAUCACCUGGGAGACACAACAUUGGCAUAUACCCCAUUUACUCCAGUUGCACCCUUGACAACUUUUCAUAGUACCAAUAUGUUGAACGGGGAACCUUUGGUGGUGAGCAGGACAAGCGUUGUGUUGUCCUCCCCAGGCCAGACACCGAUGCCAUCUAUGGCAGGAGCUUUACCAGAGCAAGCAGACUCAUCAGUUGCCAGCUCAGUCCACAACAGAACUGCCAGGCCAUUUGCCCCAGGCUGUGUAAGCCACAGAGCAGCAACUGCUCCGGUAGUCUUUAGACCCAACACUGCCAAAAAGGCUGAAUCACAAAUCAAGGCUGUGUCUGUGGCAACAAUCCCAGCUUCCUUUUCUCCUGCUAGCUCAGAGGUGAAGAAAGCCGUGUCUACAACAUCACUGUAUAUCCCUGCCAGACCGACCACCUUCAAUGGCCUUUCCUCUGUGAUCGGUCCAUCCUCUUUGCUCUCUCCUUCCUCUGUCACUUCAGGUCCGUUUUCACCUCCCCCUUCAAAUGCUCCAUUCAACACCCCAACCUAUUCCAGUUCCUCUGCUCCUUUUUCUCCAACAGCGUCUCACGCAACAUCCUUAAAUUCCCCAUCUGUUAUGGUCCAGCCUUAUUCUUCUCAAACACAGGCAAUGCCCCUCAGUCCUCCUUACCACAAAGUUUCUACACAAUAUCAGCCACCUCCACCAGUUCAUGUGCCAGCACAGCCCUUCUCUCCCCCCUUUACAAAUUCCCCAGUCCCUCCCAAUGCCUUUAUUCAUGCCCCUGCCCCUCCCAAUGCCUUUACUCAUGCCCCUGCCUCUGCCCCUCACAAUACCUUUAUUCAUGCCCUUGCUACUCCCUAUGCCUUAACUCAUGCCCCUGCCCCUCCCAAUGCUUUUACUCAUGCCCGUGCUCCAGCCUCUGUUCAUGCCUAUGCGCCUGUAACACCAAAUGUGCAAACUUCCCCAACCCACAAGGUCUCUUUCAAUCCAUACAUAUCUGUGGCAUCCACUACACCAGAAUUACCAGAUACACCAAUGCCCCAGCAGUAUCAAGAAGCAAAAUCCACAGAGGGGAUCUCUUCUCGAGAACAGCGGGCCUCAGUACCCGCUGGCCGCACUGGCAUCCUACAGGAGGCUUGUCGUCGUGGCAGCAGCAAGAAACCAAUGUUUAAUACCCAAGAGGAGAAGAAGCCUCCGUCAUACAACCCUGAACUACUGUCUCUAGUGCAGAACCUGGAUGAAAGGUCCCAUUCUGGUGCGGAAGCUGGGUUUGAGUCUGGCCCUGAGGAAGACUUACUCAACCUGGGUGCUGAGGCUUGUAACUUCAUGCAGGCACAAAAAAACAAGAUGCCACCACCAGUUGCUCCGAAAAUAGGUCGUCCUGCCCCUGAGAUUCCUCAGAUGCAAGGCAAAGGGGCAGAGUUGUUUGCGCGCAGACAGAACCGCAUGGACCGCUAUGUGGUGGAUAAAUACCCAAAAACUCCAGAGCAGCCUCGUGAUCCUUCACCCACCCCCUCCCUCCCAGCUCACUGGAAAUACUCUCCCAACAUCCGUGCCCCACCACCCAUCAAUUAUAAUCCACUGCUGUCACCAUCCUGUCCCCCAGUGGCCCAGCGCAGCACCAAGGCUAAUGAUGCAUCAAAAGUUGGGGUUAAAACAGCACCCGGCCAGCACAAACCUGGCAUCAAGGCUCUUGACUUUAUGAGCAGGCAGCCAUACCAACUCAACUCCUCCUUGUUCAGUUAUGGCGGUGGAGUCCCUCAGACCAUCGCCAGUUAUCAGCAGCAGCAGAAUGGUAUAAGCAUGACAGGUAAUUCCAUUAACAUGCCCAAGCAGGUCCCUGUUAAAGCAAGCCGCGUGUAUGAAAUCAAACGUUUCUCUACACCUACUCCCAUGUCUGCACCCACAGCCCUCUCCCCUACUGUAAUUGCCCCUCGCUCCGCCACCACUCUCGGGGAGCCAAUGUGGCGUAGUGAUGUCACGUCCCCACCUCCUGUUGCUCCACGACCCAUGGCACCAUUCUCCCCACCACCUCCUGCACCGACAACAGCCUUGCCUGCUCUCCCCAAAAUAUCUACAGUCCCCGUGCCUUAUUCAGUGCCAAUUCAACAGCCCACAACUCCCCUGCAAGCCUACACCCCAUUCCAGGCAGCCAAGCAGUUCCAAAGUGCCCCAGAAUUGAGUCCCCUGUCUGCCGGUCUACAAUGCUCUGUGUCUGGAAGCAGCCAAAACCUGCGGGUACCGAGACCUCGCUUCAGUACAUCGAGUAUGGGGCUCCAACCAAAUGUGUGGAGGCCUGGAUCCAUCCUAUACUGAGAAUCCACUGUGACACUAAUUACCAGCCAGGGGCAAGAGCACUCAUGUGCUUGAGCUCUGUUCUGUCAAACAAAUUGUUUGACUACAGGAAUAUGACAAAAAGCAUCAGUCACAGAACUGUUACAGUUUUCUGCAUGUUCACAGUUUUAGCACAAGGUUGUUCUUUUUUCACUCUACAAAACUUGAAGUGAUAGUUUACCCAAAAUAAAAAUUCGGCCAUCAUUUACUCACCACCAUUGUUCGGUUACCAACAUUCUUCAAAAUGUCUUCUUUUGUGUUCUGCAGAAGAAAGAAAGUCAUACAGGUUUGAAAUGACAAGAGGGUGAGUUAAAGAUAACAGAAUUGUCAUUUUUGGGUCCCUUUAAUCAUCCCUUUAAUGUACCCAAGAUUUAUUCAUAUCUGAUUCAUAUUGUCAGUUCAGAUCUCAUGUGCUUUACAGUACAUACAGUUAACAUAUUUGCAGAACCAUAGCAUGAAAUAGCAGUCACUACUUGUUAUAGGAACUACAUGAAAGGCACUAAUGUCUGAUAACAAUCAGUUUUGAUGUACAUGCAGGGGCCACAAGGAAAUUAAGUGAUAGCACUGAAUUGUGUUUGUAGUUUGCCACAAAAAAAGUGAUGUUGGGUUAGAAAACUGUGUAUGGUGAAAUCCUAUUGUGUCAGUAGAUACUUAAGGCCAGAAUCAUUGUAGAUUUGAGUACAAAUGAUACAGAAUGUUCAGAGAUGUGUUUGUGACAGAUGAAAGAGGUACAAAGAUUGUGACAACAGCUGAAAUGAUUUAGAAGAAGAGUCCUAAAGAGAUGGUACAAACCAGUCCCUGCUAUGCUCGCGCUCUUGAAUUGCUUGUUUAUAAUCUUGCCUCUGCUUAUGUCUUUGCUUUUAACACUAUCAAUCCUUGUGAAAAAUAUCUCUUGUGGCUUGCUCAGAGGCUUUGCUUCUUGCUUGACGGGGAUCAAAAUGGAUGCUUGAUGCAUAUGCAUUUCAUCCUCAUAAUGCCGCAGAUGUCAAGUUUGGAGAUUGACUGAGCGUUUUGAAAAGCAUGUCAACUCAGCUCUCUGGAAUUGUGCUGGAGCCUUUUCAUAUGACAGUUAAAGAAAAAGAAACCCAGAAAGCACUGCUUUCUCUUUAUAACGUAUUAUGCGAAUGCGACAUCCAACCGACUCUUUCUUCAGCGCUGGCUCUCAUUGUGAAUAAGGCUUAUGCCAAACAAGUAUUACAUUCAUAUCGAUCACUUGCGUGAAGUGUUCAGCAGCAAUUGUGAAAUAUGAACAUGACUAGUUGAACUUUGCUUGCUUUGCUUUUUUUAUAAGAAUUAUAACCGAUGAACUAAAUGAAGGACAUGGCAGGGUGGGUACCAUUUUCUUCUUGAGAUGGUUGUUUGGAAGUAAAUGUAUUGUUAUCAUUUAAAGGGGAACUCCUUAAUACCUUAAACUACCUUAAUAUGUGUUCUAGGGAAAAACGGAGCUCCUAGGGAUGUUAAACUACUUGAGGGUGAGUAAUUAAUGGCAGAAUUUUUCAUUUUGGGCGGAGUUCCCCUUUAAUUAGAAAGUGAUGGUAGAUGUAUUUCGAUAUUUAAAGUAUGAAGCACAUUUUAAACCAAGAAUAGAGGGAAAUGCAAGUCAGUACCUUUAUGACCUUGUGAGAUACUACAGUAGGUUGUGUUGUUGUGUACACUAAAAUGUUCAUAGUCAUACAGUGUCAGCAACAAGUGUGUACAAAUAAGACUGUCAGAUUGUAUGUCAGACUACACAGCGUUUUUAUAGAUGUAAUUCUUUAGUAUAUGUGUUAUACCUUUGCUUUAGAUACAGUGUUAUGAAAAUAUUGUAAUUAAAUGUAAUAGUGCAUUGGGUAAUUAGAAGUUAUGCUAGAAAUAUAUGCUGAGAGUAAUGAAGGCCUUGUUUU